AAUUCAUUUUAGAAAAAAAAAUUGAUUUGCAAUAAAUUUGAUGUGAUCAAUUUAUCUAAAAGAGUGAUAAUAUAGCCACCUGUUCUCAACUGAUAACGAAAAAUUCAAAAGUGAACAGCCACGGAGUUAUUUAGUUUAGUCAUCCAGGAUAGUUCUUGGAGUUUACUGGCCUUGCACUGCGGAUUCUGAGUGUAACAGUCAAGUCAAUGACACUUACUGCUCAUCGUACGGAAAUUGUGAAUGUGAGGCUGGAUAUACGUUCAAUGCGGCCGUUACUAGAUGUUUAAGAGAGGCACUCUACGGAGAAUCUUGUGAAGAAGGUACUCAGUGUUCGCAUAUGCUGACAGGAGCUACUUGCAGGAAUAAUGUUUGCACAUGCGAAGGGGAUGAGUUUGAGAUGCGUACCUACACCAAAGGACGUUGCAGGAAAUUGCUUCCACUGCAUGCUGAAUGUGACGAGGACUUGGAUUGUGAUUUUGGAUUCGAUAGAGAGUCAGUGGUUUGCAAGAGUGGAACAUGCCAAUGUGCAGAUGGAUUCUAUCAUCGCGGUGAGAACAUUUGUCGAAGGAUAUCAAUGAACGUUGGUGAUGAUUGCAUUGUUAAUUCCGAUUGUCAAGGAGGCAAUCAUGAGUGUAUUUCGCGAAGAUGUGAGGAAACGAGUGAAACGAGUGAAAGAAAAGAAGUUGAAGUCCAGACAGACUUUAUCGAUUCACCUGCUUCAUUUACGGAAUUUGAAAAUGCAACAACAGAAAGCACUUCCAAUUCUUAUCGACAAUUACGUGAUGAAACGAAAGAUGAAGGAGUGCAAUUUGGUGAUCCCUGCGUCAAUAACGGAGAACCAUGUCAAGGUCUCGCAUAUUCAACAUGCAUUAAGGAUCGUUGCCACUGCAAACUUGGGUACUAUCCAAGAAAUGGUUUCUGUACAGCUGAGCUUGGAGAAGAAGCUGCCAGUUCAGAUCAUUGCGCAAACAUUGUCAGGAACAAUAAAUGUGUCUGCGCUUAUGAUUCCUUUUACCAACUCAAUAUGCGAUCUUGUAUUAGAAAUGUUCUUGCCUUGAAUGCAUCUUGUGCUCAACAAAGUCAGUGCUCUCCGUUCCUAUCCAUGUGUGAUAAUGGACCUUUGAUACGACGUUGUUCAUGUCAUCCAUUUAAAAUUUAUGAUCAGACCAGCCAAAUGUGCGUCUUAAGGCAAGGUCUUGGGGAAUUUUGUGAGAAAAAGGAAGAUUGUACCCUGAGUAAUACUGCAUGUCAACCGGAUAAUACCUGUGCAUGUGAUGAUGGCUAUAUGGAAAUGGAUGGGCAGUGCAAACCAGUUAUUGGUGGGUCCUGUGAAACCACUGAGGAUUGUGCAGUAGAUGAAACCGAAUGUGUUACUGAUAGUGCCGAUAAAGAGGAUGAAACGGCAGGUGAAGAGGAGAAAAAGGUGUGCCGCUGCAAAGUAGGUUUCACACAUCACAUUAAGAAUGAGUGCCUUCCUAUUGCGAGCAAAUAUAAAGAUGAAUGUAAAGAAAAUGAACAGUGUCAGCCACUCCUUGGACCUCUAGGAAAAUGUAUUGAUGAAGAAUGUGCAUGUGAUGAGGAAAAUCACUACAAAGAUGAAAAAUGCAAUGAAAAGAUAGUUCUUGGUGAAAAAUGCUCAAAAUCCAGCGAAUGUUUUGUUACGGAUAACUCAACACAAGUAGAGUGCAGAAAUGAUAUUUGUCAAUGUGAAUAUGGAUAUUACUCAGAUACAACGAGAAUUAAAUGUGUAAAAUCAUCAAAUAAAAAUUCUUCCGGUCGUCCGAGUCCAUUGAAAAUCAUUACAAUGCUACUUAUAACAGCCGCUUUUUUAGUCACUAGUGCUGCAAUUAAGGAAGCUUAUUACUAAAAUUUGUAUUAUAUAAAACUACGAUUGAAAAAAAAAAAGUUCUUCAUUUUGUAAAUACUUAUGUAUUCCUUCUGGAAAGUUUGUAUAUAAAUUCACACAAAAAGAAAUUGUAAAUUAUUAAAAUCAAUUUUAUCCUAUUGCGAGAAUGUGAAAAUGCAGACUAUUGCAUAUACUAUGUAAUCUACUAAAAAAAGAAGCAAAAUGAAAAUACAAAUCGAAAGCUCAAGAAAAACCUUUCACUGAUGAACUUUUGCACGAUUAAAUAAUUAAAUAAUAAAAGAACAUUUUCAUACUAAAACACAUUCUACUUUUUUAAAUUUUAUCGAAAUGCUUCGGAAAGGUCACAAGAAAAUUAAUUAUAAGAACUUUUACUUUGAUAAGCAAAUAUUUUCUCAAGAAACUUUUAGCAUUUUUCGAUAAAAACAUUUUGAUGAAUUAGAAAGACUGGAUUUCGUUUCAUAGUCAAAAUUUGAUUUAUACUACAUACCUAUAAUAGCGUCUUAUGAAAAAUGCUUGAAAUACGUGCAAAUAAUAACUGCGGAAGAAUUGCAUUAUUAUUAUUUUAUAGAAAUGACACAAAUAGCCCCGGUCUCCCUUAACGAAUAUAUUCAUUCCUAUUUCAAUCUUCUGGCCAAAAAUAAAGAAAUAAUAUUUAUUGUUAUAUGAAAGCUAUACUAUAAACCAAAAUAGAAUUGCUUCAAUCUUUCUAAAAAAAAAAGUUUAUUGAGAAUAUUAUCAAUAAAAUAUUUUUCCACAAUUAUUGGGGAAAAUAUAUGAGCUAUA